AUGAUGCAGAUAUAUAACGAGUUUGGUUACUUAGUUAGUUGUGAUACUUGGUUAAACGAUAUUCUUAGUUGUGCUGUACUCCAUUUGGAAGGUUGUCCGUUGAGGAUGCAGAGUUUGGUGCCGGUUUCCUUGGGUCCAUCCUCUUGAAGCCGCCGGUUCCGAGGCCAACCGGAAUUUCGGGGGACCGCUCUCCUCCGGAUUAUCCUGACAACUGACAGCUCUGCGAGCUGCUAUCGCUGGCUUUUAUACCCGCAAUGAUUUCACGGUCAUGUCCGGGGGACACAGUUGCCAAGUCGAUGCGCAAUUUUACGCCCCGAUGGUCAGCUAAGGAGCCACAGGAGUAUCCGCAAUUAUUGGGUUAGCUCCUUGUGCUCGGUGCACUCUAAUUUGAUUUUGAUUGAAUUGCGCUUAUCGCAGUUGUGCACUCGCUUUCGAGAGAAGUUGGAGUUUGAGCAUCCCCAUAUUGACGUCACCACGACGAUUGCCUAAUGAGUUUCGCCAAUCGAUUCCCUAUUUUAUUUAUUGCCCAUACAUAUCGUCUAUACCCCUUGUGACGUCAUGGGCUUGGCAAUUUUCUACUUCAUUCAUAAAAUAAAAAUGGGAACAGGCGCAUUAGGCACACCCGAUUGGACAGCGGCGUCUGCGCCACUUGGUCGUCAUCGUCGUCUUCAUCAUCUCGGUGGUGCUGUUGCUGGUGCCGGUGCAGUGGUGCACAUGUGCGAUAAGCGGAAUUCAAUCAAUCAGCACCACAAAUUGCGAGUAGGAAGUGCUAUCCAUUAAAUGCUUAGCCCGUAUUCUGCUAUAAAAGCGGUCACAAUCCUCUGGCCAAGUCAUUCCAGUUGCGCAGCCUGCUGGUGAAACAGCAGCGAACUGAAUCUUCUAACUUUUUUUUCUUGUGUACCUGAGGCUAAACAGUAUUUGCGACCAAAGAUGAUGAGGCUUCGGCUCAGCGUUCUGCUCCUGCUACUCCACCUUGGCUGUCUGACCUUGGCACUGGCCAGCAGUAGGAUAUCCUGCGGCAGCUCCAUCUGCGGUGGCCGCCGCUGGGAUGUCCACCAUCGGCUGGAUGACUACGACGAGCACAUGGUCUACCGACAGAGCACAGUGCCGGUGGAGUCAGUGGCACGCGAUGAUCGUGGGAACGAGAGGCGCGAGGAAACGACGGUCAGGUUCGACUCAUCCCCUCGUGAAACUCGUGAAUCUCGUGCGGAGCGAGAAGAGCGACGUGAAACUCGUGAAGAGCGAGUAGAGCGACGGGAAGCUCGUGAUGAUCGGGUACAGCGAAGUGAAGCUCGUGAAACUCGUGAGGAGCGUGUAGAGCCACAUGAAAGGCGUGAAGACCGAGUAGAGCAACGCAAAGCCCGUGAUGAGCGAGUACAGCGAAGAGAAGCUCGGGAUGAACGAGUAGAGCGACGGGAAGCCCGUGAUGAGCGAGUACAGCGAAGUGAAGCUCGUGAGAAGCGAGUAGAUCGACGUGAAAUUCGUGAAGAACGAGAUGAGCGACGUGAGAGUCGGGAUAAGCGAGUAAAGCAACGUGAAGCUCGUGAGGAACGAAUGAAUCCACGGGAAGUUCAUGAGAAGCGAGUAGAGCCUCGUGAAAAUCGUGAAGAACGUGGUGAGUCUCGUGAUGGCGCAGAACGACGUGAGGUUCGUGAAGAGCAAGUAGAACGGCGCGAAUUGCGCUUUGCACGCAAUGAACCACGCGAAGCUCGAAUGGACCGCCUGGACCGACGGGAGGAACAAGAAUUCAACAAGCGACUGGUCGAAACUCGUCGGGAAACAGCAGACGAGAGACGUGGUGAACGCCGAGUACUCCGUGAAAUUUCCAGACGUGAAGAACGCGAUAAUCGUAUUGAUGCGCGAGACAAUCGUCGUGACGACAGCGUAGAAACGGAAUUCUCCAGGCGUAUGGAACGUGAACCAGUUGAGCGAUCUGAACGAGAAUCUGAGCAGCGGAUGGAGCGAGACAUUCGAGUGCGAGUUGAACAACCAGAAGAACAACGAUUUGAACGAGACUCUGCCAGACGCGAAGAGCGAGAGAACCGCGUUCGAUUUGAAGUUCGUCGAUUGAGCGAAACACGCGAUAAUCCUCGCAGGGAAGUGCGUGAAAAUGAUCGCCGAGAAGAGCGUAGUGAUCUGCGGCGGGAGGAACGAGACUCAGCCAGGCGAGAGGAGCGUGAGGAAAGCCGCAGUGACGAAGGUCUAGACAGGCACAACAUGCAGCGAGUGGAACGUGAAGACCUUCGUCGACAAGAGCAACGCAUCGAGGAAUCUACUGAUGGGGAUAUGUCCAGGCGACAGGUUGAAAGUGAAUCCCUUCGAAGUGAUCGUGGUGUAGAGCGAGACGAUCUGCAAAGGGUUGCAGUUGAGCGAGCAGAAACCAGGCAAUCACAGAUCCGCCGCGAUGAACGGAGAGCAGAACGUGAAGAAGUACGAAGGGAAGAACGUGUAGCAGAGCGCAGGGUGGAGCAAAGCGAGGAGGAAGAUCUCUCAAGGGUCGAACGUAUUUCAGCCAGGCGGGUGGAAGAACUACGAGAGGAGCGAGAAAAUCGAAGGGGAGAGGAACGCGAGGAUACUCGACGUGUGGAUCGAAGAGAAGAACGAGAAGUGAGGCGUGAAAUGAAAGAGCGACGAGAGGAACGAGAAGACACUCGUCGAGUAGAACGCCAUAAUCUACGAAGAGUAGAGCGAGAAGUUGAAAGAAGAGAGGAACGUGAAGACACUCGUCGUGAGAGAGAGGAAAUAGCAACUCAACAAAGGGAGGAUCGAGUGGACCGUAAUGAUUUGCGAAGAGAAGAGCGAACAGUUCAAAGGCGUGAGGACAGAUAUUUCCAACGAGUGGGUCGUGAAUCUUCCAGGCGCGAGAUCCGGGAGCCUUUGGAGGAGCGUGAACUUCUGGCAACCCAGGUGAAAACCAAGGCCUGGUUGAACUACGGCAAACGAGAGCUUCUGAUGACCGGACAGAUUCUCCUCCUGGCCGCGCUCUACAAGAAGUCAACGGCCAGUGGCAAGGGAUUUGGCCAUGCUUUGAAUGAGCAGAUUCAGGGCUAUCUGCAGGCCAUCGGCUGCUAGGCUUCUUAUCCCCAAAUUGAUUGAACCGAAAACGAGUAAAUGGAUAUGGCACGACUAACCCCGGAAAAUGCAAACGGACCCGAAGGCGAGCAACGAGCAGAAGGAUGGGACAUAAUGCUCCGCAUGAGCAUUGCACAAUUUAAUCCUACUGUUACUGUAACCAAAAUCCCUUUUCUCCUGUUAUAGCCGACAAAAGCAUAACGAAAAUAUAUGAUGGGAUGCUCUCGAGUAGUCGAGCAUCUGCAAACUGCAUUGCAA